GAAUGCAGAAUGAAUAACAAAUGCAGACUCUGCCUUGAAAGUAACACAAACUCUUUUCCAAUAUUUGAGAACAAAAACGGAUUUGCAAUAACUCAUUAUAUUGAUACUAUUAUUCCUGAAUUGCAAAUUGAAGUUCAAAAUGAUUUUUUAUCUCGAAAAAUUUGCAAUAUUUGUCUAGAAAUCAUUGUGACAGCAUAUGAAUUAAGAAAUAAAAGUAUUGACAAUGAUAAAAAAAUGCGAAAUCAAUUUUUCGCUAAUAAAUCAGUGGAAUUUAUUAUAAAGGAUGAACCUUAUCAUCAUGAACCAGACAUUUCUAUAAAGGAAGAAGAUGGAAGUUUCACUGAAUAUUUUGAUACCACAUAUUUUCUAGAGAAAACAAGAAAUGACGUAAGUAAAUAUUCUGGUACAACAUCGUCGCAUAGAAAGUCAAAAGAAAAUACACCAGACGAGAGUGAAGAUGAUAAUGAUGGAGAAGAAGAAGAAAGUGAUGAAAGUUCAUACCGAACUUCCAACUUCUUUAAGUGUAAAAUCUGCGAAUCAGAAGGUGGAUCAAGAUUGUUUACAAAAGAAAGUAUGCUCAAGAAACAUCUUCAAGCACAUAAGACCGGAUCUGUAAAGACUUAUAAGAUUAACUCAAAAGGUUACACAUGUGAUGUUUGUGAAAGCUUCUUUUCGUCGAGACAAGGCCUUCAUUAUCACAAAAAACGAGUUCAUCUAGGCGUUAAAAUAGAAACCAUGGCUUCCUAUCAGUUUCAAUGUGACAAAUGUCCAGCAAAAUUUAGGAGACAAAUCAGUUACACCAAACACAUGUCAAAACAUGACGAACAGAUUUUAAUCUGCAAGGACUGUGGGAUACAAUUUGAAUCAAUAAAUCAUCUGCAUCUUCAUAGUUUUAUUCAUUGCGAUUAUGUACAAGAGUAUCAUGAUCCGGAACCACAAUUAUUCGGAUGUUCUUUAUGUGCUUUUCAAUCAAUGAAUAACGAAGAGCUACAACAACACAUGUUAAUACAUCAAAAUGAAUUUAACGGUGAUGGAAUCCUUCAUGUUUGCUUAAAAUGCAGUUUUCAGCUUCCUGAUUUUAAAUUUAUGGUUAAUCAUGCAAAUCAACAUAACACAAAACUAACUCAUCAAUGCUUAAAGUGCUUUAAGAAAUUUUCUUAUGGUGAGAAACUUCUCCGUCAUUUAAAACGAUAUCAAGACUGCUUCGUCUGUGACAUCUGUGGUCAUUUAGCUACGUUUAAAGCUCGCAUGGAAGAACAUAUUCGGGCUGUACACAAACGAGAGUUUGAUCAUUUAUGUCCAAUUUGUGGUGUAAAAGAAAGAAGUAGUGGCUUACUUAGAGCUCAUAUCAGACUUAAACAUGAAGUUGUAAACAAAUACAAAUGUUCCUUCUGUCCAAAAGCUUUUCGUACACCUUUAUGUACAAUAUCGAUUUCAUCAAAGUGUUCAUCAAAAAGAACCUGUCAUCGUAAUCUUAUGCUUCAUCAAAAAAGCCAUGACCCUGUUAAAAUUGAAGAAAUGAGACAACGAAACACUUGCGAACAUUGUGGAAAACGAUUCCUAACAAAAUAUGCUCUUCAACGUCACAUGGUGACACAUACUGGAGCUAGACCUUAUGUGUGCACUUUCAGUGGCUGUGAUAGAUCUUUUACUCAAAGCAAUGAUUUAAACAAGCAUAUUCGUACUCAUGUAGGGGAGAAUUCCUAUCUAUGCGAAUAUCCCGGAUGUUCUGAAGCAUUUAAAUUCAAAGCUGAUUUGAGACAUCACGAAAGUGAUCAUUAUCGAAAACCUAAUAAAAUUUGUAAAACAUCUGAAAUAUUCGAUAAAACCAUGGAUAAGUUUUGUCGACUUUGCUUGGAAGAGGAUAAAGAAUUUUUUUUCAUUUUUGGAUAUAAAAAUGAGAUCUUAAUAAGGAAUUAUAUUGGAGCUAUUAUUCAUGAAUUAUCAAUAAUAAGAAAUGAUGGUCUUUCUGAUGAAAUAUGUAACAAUUGUCUUGAUCUUAUAAUAAAAAUGUAUGAUCUUCGAAUCAAGAGCAUACAUAACGACGCACAAAUGCGAAAUCAAUUAUAUGGAUCUCCUCAUUUACAAUUAGGUGAGUUUAUUAGUACAGGUGACCUACCGGAUCAAACAACCAUUAAAAUCAAAGAAGAAAUAAUCGAAAAUGAGAUAGAAGAUGAACUUCGCAAUUAUGACAACUUUGGAAUUAAAGAAUGUUCAGUAUUACUGAAAAGAUUGGAUUCGUCUGAAAAAAUUAGUGACCUUUUGGCAGAAAAUAAAAUUAAAGAAGAUGAGGAAGAUUUAAAUGAACUUGCUUGCAGUGAUGUUAAUGAUGAUGCAAGUGUAUCCAAUGAUUCCUUUAAAAAUUUACGUGUUGGUGAUCAAAUGUUCAAUUGUGAAUUGUGUCCUUUAAAUGGUGGAUCAAGAUUGUUUUCUACAAAAGUAAAACUUAAGAAACAUUUAGAUGAUCAUAAAUCAGGAAAAAUGUUUGCAUAUAAAGUAAAUCCCCAAGGUUAUCCUUGUAAUGUUUGCAGCAGCACCUUUUCAACAAGACAAGGUCGUUUCGCUCAUAAGAAAAAAUAUCAUCCUGAUCAUAAUGAGGUGAAAUCAUCACCUACCAAAAAGUCGAAAAAAAUACAAUCUACAAUGAUUCAGGAUGAAAAACAAACAGAAUUUUUCAAAUGUGAACUUUGUGAGUCUCAAGGAGGUUCGAGAUUAUUUAUUACGGAAAAUAAAUACAAUAAACAUCUUCGAGAUCAUGAAACAGGAUAUGUUAAAAUUUAUCAUGUCAAUCCUCAAGGCUAUUCAUGUGAUAUUUGUAAACAAACUUUUCCAAAUAGGCAAAGUCGUCACGUGCACAAGAAAAAAGCUCACCAUGGCAGCAUUCAAUGUUCAAAUGUGAACAUUGCUAUUCUGGAGAAAGGCAUGAAAAAUGAAAGCGAAAAUGAUGCUUCUCUUGGAACUUUUGAAAUGGAAAACGAACAUUCUGAACCAAAUCUCUUUAAAUGUAAAAUUUGUGAGUCACAAGAAGGUUCAAGAUUAUUUAAAACGAAAAGCAUGUAUGAAAAGCACCAUCAGGAACAUAAAGCUGGAUUAGUGAACGUAAAUUAUGUCAAGCCUGAAGGUUAUCCUUGUAAUUUUUGUAAAAGUGUCUUCAAGAGUAGACAAAGUCGUUUCGCGCAUAAAAAAAAGCAUCAUGUUGGUGAAAUUCCACAACUCCAAACAGCCAAAUCUGUUGAAACGACAGAAAACUUAAAAAAUAAAUCAAAUGGAAAACCAAAUAAUGAAAUUUCUGACACCAGUGAUGAUGAGAAGAAAUUAUUUGAUGACUUAAAUGAUGAAGAUCUUCCAAGAAAUUUCUUUAAAUGCGAAAUUUGUGAAACUCAAGGAGGUUCAAGAUUAUUUGUGAAAGAAAAAAAGUAUUUGAAACAUUUGCAAGAUCACGAAACAGGAGAUGUGAAAAUUUAUCAAGUUAAUCCAAAAGGCUACUGUUGUUAUAUUUGUAAUAUUGUUUUUCCAAACCGUCAAGCACUUCAUUAUCAUCGGAAGCGUAUACAUGGAACUGAAGUAAAUAUUACAUCUAAGGAAUUUGAUUUGACUGAAAAUCAGAAAGACUUCAAUGAACUUUCACCAAGUGAAGUCACAAUAAAGACUCCAAUAUCAACGAAAUUCUUUAAAUGCAAAAUAUGUAAGUCAAACGGAGGCUCGAGAUUAUUUACAAAAGAAACUAUGUUUCGACGACAUAUUCAAGCGCACAAAAUGGGGAAUGUAAAAAUUUUAAAAGUUAAUUCUAAUGGAUACAGUUGUAGUGAAUGCACCAGUGUUUUCUCAUCACGACAAGGACUUCAUCAUCAUAGGAAACGUGGACAUGAUAAAGCUAAAGAUAGCUUGUGGAAUUGGAAGUUCAAAUGUGGAAUAUGUUCGUCUAAAUUCGCUACAAAAGAAAUGUACGCAAAACAUAUGACGAAUCAUGAAGAUCAAAUCUUUAUUUGUAAAGAUUGUGGAAUUCAAUAUAAAACAAUGAAAGAAUUGAAGUUUCAUAGUUUUCUUCAUUGUGAUUAUGUGGAAGAAUAUCAAAAUCCUGAGGUGCACACUUAUGGAUGUUCAUUUUGUUCAUUCUUUUCGUUGAACGAUGAAGAACUACAACAACAUUUUCUUAUUCAUCAAUCAGAUUUCAACGAUAAUAAAAUUCACAUUUGCGUAAAGUGCAGUGCACAAUUUAAAGAUUUUACUUUCUUUGUAAAUCAUUCCAAUCAACAUAACUUGAGAUUGACUCACAAAUGUCUCAAAUGUUUGAAAAAGUUUCCUUAUGGUGAUAAACUUCUUCGGCAUCUUAAACAACAUAAAAAUUCCUACAUAUGUGAUAUAUGUGGACACGUAGCGACAAUAAAAGGCCGAUUGGAAGAACAUAUUCGUACAGUUCACAUUCGUGAAUUUACUUACUUAUGUCCUAUUUGCGGUGUUAAAGAGAGAACUGAUUGGAUAUUGCGAACUCAUAUCAGACUCAAGCAUGAAACAGAUAAGAAAUACAAAUGUUCUUUCUGUCCUAAAGCUUUUCAGUCUCCUCUAAAAUAUAAAUUCCAUCAGACUGUUCAUGCGAAAGAACCAACAUUCCAGUGUUUGAAAUGUCCAAACAAGUACAAAGGUUAUCGCAAUCUUAUGCUUCAUCUAAAGCUUCACGAUCCAGUCAAAGUGGAAGAAAUGAAACGAAAAAAUACUUGUUCAUAUUGCUUCAAAGGCUUUUUGACAAAGGGCAAGCUUCAUGUUCAUAUGGUGACGCACACAGGAGAAAGACCUUUUGCUUGUGAUUUUGUAGGAUGUGAUAAAUCAUUUACUCAACAGAAAAUUUAUAAUCAUUCCACCGAUGAUAAGAAGGAUAAUGUAUGGGUAAAGGACGGUGAUAACCUUGAGUUUACUAUUGAUGUGAUGCCAGAGAUACGACCAUUCACUGACAACAGAAAUUCAAGUGAUUUGUAUGAGGCAUCACUUCGGAAAAAUUCUAAGGACGACAAAGAUUUUCCGGAAUAUGAAGUUCUUGAUUGUGGCAAGCCUGUCAACUUUACAUAUUAUGAUGAUCUUGUGGGCAUUAUUCAUCGAAAGAAGCACAAAAAUCUACCAGAACCUGAUGUUCUGUUUACUUUCACUACAAAAUCUAAAAGCGGGAAAAUGCGUAAAAGUUUUGAUGUUGAUGCUUUGGAAAUGAAGCUGAGAAAAGACAAACGAGAUAAACCUAGAAGUGUCCAAUUAUACAAUAAGAUUGGAAACUUCUGGCGCAUUAAAGGAAAUGCUCUGAUUUCGAUUGAAUGUUUUCGCAAAGCUUUAUCGAUUAAUCCAACAAACAGUGAAGUAAUUUUGAAUUUGGCAAGAGUUCUUUUUCACCAAGGAUAUUUGGAAGAUGCAAUUUUCUUAACACGCAAAUCCCUUGAAGUUCAUUCUGCAGAUCGAUCAGCAUGGCGACAAUACUUUACGCUUGGAGAAAUAUUUAAAAAAUAUGGAAAUAUUCAAGAGUCAGUUUUACAUUUUCGUCAUGCUCUUGAACUCUCGCCUCAACACGAUAAAAUUCUUCAGGCUCUCGAAGAGAUUGAAAAGAUUCCAAUUUCAUCACUUCAUUUCUAUACAAUUCUGAUAAUCUCACUUCUAGUCUUGGGUGUUCUUAUUGUCAUGAGAUACUUGAAUCAAGAAGAGGGAGGGGGAGAAAGUGAACCAAAGCGUGAUAAGAUUCGCUGCUUUAAGUUUCGUGGCGCUAUGAAUAAAAAGACAAAUAUGGCGAAUAAUAUGAGUGAAAAGUGUAGGAUGUGUUUGAAGAACUUGUCAGAGGCGGUAUCAAUAUCAAUAUUUGAUAAGAGAAAAGGAAUGUCAAUACAUAGUUGGAUAAACUUCCUUGUUCCAGAAUUAUCUAUAGAUGAAAAUGAUGAUUUGCCAAAAACAAUUUGUUACAUUUGUCUUCAAAUUGUUUUAAAUGCUUGUGAACUUCGAUCAACUAGUAUAAAAAAUGAUAACCUUCUUAGAAGUCAAGUUAUUUCAGAACUACAAGUUAAAGAAGAAAUUCUGGAAGACAUGAAAAAUAAAAGUCAAUUAGCUGAUUUGUUUAUUAAACAAGAACCCGAAACAGAACUUUUUGAAAUAGAAGUUGGUGAAAAUUCUCAUUUGUGGUUUUUGGAACCCCAAUCAACAUUUGACGAGCUUGAAAAUUAUGUUAAUAAGGAACAUAAACUAAGAAAUAAAACUAAAUUUAGGAAAAAUCCCAAGCCGGUUCUUGGGUCGAAUUUUCAUUGUGAAAUUUGUGAAAAUAAUGGAGAAUUUAGAAUCUUGAAAACUAAAUCUAUAUUGGAAAAACAUAUGAGAGCUCAUAUGAAAGGAACUGUUCGAUUCGGACUAAAAAAAGCGCCAUAUCGUAACAUUUGUUCUUAUUCAUCAAAUAGCAGAUACGACAAAAAACUGAGACUAUGUAAAGUUUGUGGUUUCAAAGAAAAUAAUUUGACACUAUUAAAUCUACAUACUUACAUUCAUUGUGAAUAUGUUGAAGAAUAUCAAGAACCUGAGCAAAGGUUUGCAUGUAUAGCUUGCACAUUUGAAUCUGUCAACGAUAGUGACUUGAAAGUUCAUGUAUUAUCACAUCAGAAUGAUUUCGAUUUAAACAGAAAAGUAGUUUUAUGCAAUAAAUGUAGUUUAACUUUUGAUAAUUAUGUUGAUAUUGAGAAACAUUUGAGUCAUCAUAACGAGAAAAUCACUCAUCGAUGUCUCAAAUGUGGUAAUAAAUUUGCGUAUGGUCUGAAACUUUUCCGUCAUUUGAAGAACCAUGAAAGAAGCUUUGUUUGUGAUUUGUGUGGAUAUACUGCCAUUGUAAAAAUUAAAUUAGAGAAUCACAUAACGACCACUCACAUGAAACAAUUUUCUUUAUGUGCCAUUUGUGGUAAAACACUUAAAAAUCGUGAUAUUUUACGAAUCCACAUGAAGACACAUGAAAAUGUGAAGAAAUUUAAAUGUUUACUUUGCCCUAAAGAGUUUCGAAGAGAGAGAAACUAUCACUAUCAUCAAGGUGUUCAUUCAAAUGAAGCGACAUAUCAAUGUCCAAUGUGUCCAAAAAAAUUCAAAACAUAUAGGAGAGUGAGUUAUCAUAAACGUUUUCAUGAUCCGGAAAAGGCAAAAUUGUUAAGAGAACAGCAUUGCUGCACUAUUUGUAGGAAGACAUAUUUAACAAGUCAAUCUUUAAAACGGCAUAUGAUUAAUCAUACAGGAAUAAAAACCGAAACCAAACUUUCCGAGAAAGAAUUUAGUGAAAGUUCCCAUCUAUGGUUUCAGGAAAACUCAGAUAUAUUUCACAAAACUCUUCCUAACAAUAAACCUAAAAGCUUCAAAAAUGAAAUCAAAUAUUCUGGAUAUAAUAAACGAAAAUUGGAGAAUCAUAUGAAUGUGGUGGUGGUGCACAUUAAAGAACUUUGUUUGUGCCCUAUUUGUGGGAAAACUCUCAAAACUCGUGACGUUCUGCCACGCCAUAUAAAAACACAUGAUAAUGUACGGAAUUUCAAAUGUUUGUUUUGUCCGAUAGAAUUUCAGAAUGCAAGAAAUUUUCAUAAUCAUCAAGGUGUUCAUACAAAGGAAGCGAAUCAUCAAUGUCCAAUGUGUCCGAAAAAGUUUAAAACGUACGCUAAACUGAUUCAUCAUAAACGUUUUCACAAUCCUGAUGUAGUGAAAAUGUUAAGAAAGAAACAUUGCUGUGACACUUGUGCAAAAACAUUUUUAUCAAGUAAUGCUUUGAAACGACACAUGAUUACUCAUAGAGGAAUUCGUCCAUUUAAUUGCAAUUUUGAAGGGUGUGAUCGAUCGUUUACUCAAAGCGGUGACUAAAAAAACACAUGAGAAAUCAUAUUGGAGAGAAUUUAUAUAAAUGCCAACAUGAAGGUUGCAAUGAAUCAUUUAAAUAUCAGGCAGAUCUUCGAUUCCAUGAAAGUUUCCAUUAUGUAAGCAAUGCCAACUAAGAAUUGAAAAUAUUUCAAAUAUUGCAUAUUUUAGUAGAUACUUAAGGCAAUGUUAAUAA